CUCUCUCUUUCUCCCUCACAAUAUUUCAAUUCCUUCAUCAUUCUUUCAAUUCCUCCAAUUUUUUCUUUUUUUCUUCUUUGCUUAAUCUUUUUCAAUUGCAAAGAAGGAACACAAUCAAACCUCCUCAAAUCAAAGCUAAAACAGCUAUCGAUCUUUUAAUCGGUGUGCCUCUCUACUGUCACCCGACACACGAUAUAGAGGAAAAAAUUAGCUGUCCAGGUAGAAAUCUAGCAUGGAAGAAGACACCCAAGCCAUUUCAGAAGUCCCAGUAGUGAAGGUUGAUACCGAGGAUGAUAAAGCAGAGCCUAUCAAGGCAACAAAUGGAGACUUGCCACAGGUAGAAAAAGAAGGAAAGAAGGAAGAGGAUGAGACUGAUGGAGAGUUCAUAAAGGUAGAGAAGGAAUCACUUGAUUUGAAGGAUGUCUCUCAUAUAACCGAGGCAGAGAUUGGAGAGGACGAGAAGCCAUCGACAACAGAAAGAAGUUUAAGCAGUUCGACAAGAGAACUAUUGGAAGCUCAGGAGAGUGCUAAGGAACUUGAACUCGAACUGGGAAGAGUAGCUGAAUCAUUGAAGCAUUCUGAAUCCGAAAAUGCAAAAUUGAAGGAAGAGGUCUUUCUUGCAAAGGAGAAGUUGGAGGAACGUGAAAAGAAGCAUGAGGAGCUUGAAGUUAAUAACAAGAAAUUGCAAGAGCAGAUUACUGAAGCUGAGGAGAAAUAUAGUUUACAGCUCAAGUCUUUGCAAGAGGCUCUGGAAGCGCAAGACGUGAAGCACAAGGAAUUGAUUGAAGUGAAGGAAUCAUUUGAUAGUCUCAGCCUUGAGCUUGAGAACUCCAGAAAGAAGAUGCAAGAGUUGGAAGAAGAGCUGCACGUGUCUGCGGAUGAGGCAAAGAGGUUUGAGGAGUUGCAUAAACAAAGUGGUUCUCAUGCUGAAUCUGAGACACAAAGGGCUUUGGAGUUUGAGAGGCUGCUUGAGGAGGCAAGAUUAAAUGCAAAAGAAAUGGAAGAUCAGAUGGCUUCCCUUCAAAAAGAAGUUCAGGCCCUCUAUGAGAAGAUUGCAGAAAACCAGAAAGUUGAAGAAUCCCUUAAGAGCACUACCAUUGAUCUUUCAGCAGUUACUGAAGAAUUGGCACUUUCAAAAUCACAACUGCUGGACAUGGAGCAAAAAGUGUCUUCAAAGGAGGCUCUUAUAAGUGAACUGACCCAAGAAUUGGAGUUGAAGAAAGCUUCAGAAUCUCAGGUGAAGGAAGAUGUCUUGGCAUUGGAGAGUUUGGUCAGUGCAGUCAAAGAAGAUCUUCAAGCAAAGAUUGCAGAGAACCAGAAAGUUGAUGAAGCCCUUAAGAGCACUACAGCUGAUCUUUCAGCAGUUAAUGAAGAAAUGGCACUUUCAAAAUCACAACUGCUGGACAUGGAGCAAAGGGUCUCUUCAAAGGAGGCUCUUAUAAGUGAACUGACCCAAGAAUUGGAGUCAAAGAAAGCUUCAGAAUCUCAGGUGAAGGAAGAUAUCUUGGCAUUGGAGAGUUUGGUCAAUGCAGUCAAAGAAGAUCUUCAAGCAAAGGUUUCUGAGUUGGAAACCAUCAAGUUGAAGCUGCAGGAGGAAGUCAAUGCAAGGGACUUGGUAGAAGCCAAGUUUCAAAACCAGGAAGCAGAGGUCUCAACUGUACGUAAAGAAUUGGCUGAAGUAAUAAAAGAAAAAGAAGCUCUUGAAGCAACUGUGACAGAUCUUACUACUAAUGCAGCACUAAUGAAAGAAUUAUGUGGUGACCUUGAGGACAAGUUGAAGGUUUCAGAUGAGAAUUUCUCUAAAGCAGAUUCACUUUUGUCCCAGGCUUUAUCAAACAAUGCAGAGCUUGAACAGAAAUUGAAAUCUUUGGAAGAGCUUCACAAUGAGUCAGGGGCUGCUGCAGCAUCUGCUACUCAAAAGAAUUUGGAACUUGAGGAUUUAAUCCAAGCUUCAAAUGGGGCAGCAGAAACUGCAAAAUCUCAAUUGAGAGAGCUUGAGACCCGUUUUGUUGCAGCAGAGCAGAGGAAUUUGGAGCUUGAGCAACAACUGAAUCUGGUCGAAUUAAAAAGCAGUGAUGCUGAGAGAGAAGUGAGAGAAUUCUCACUUAAAGUAUCUGAACUCAGUACUGCAUUGAAAGAAUUGGAGGAAGAAAAGAAACAGUUGAGUGAACAGAUGCAUGAAUACCUGGAGAAGAUAAUCUACCUUGAAUCUUCUCUAAAUCAGGUAUCAUCCCGGAGUGAGGAGCUUGAGGAGGAAUUAAGAAUUGCUUCCCAGAAGUCAGCUGAACACGAGGACCGAGCAAAUAUGAACCAUCAGCGUAGUCUUGAACUUGAAGAUUUGUUCCAGAUGUCUCAUUCCAAAGUAGAGGAUGCUAGCAAAAAGGUGAAUGAGUUAGAGUUGUUACUCGAAGCAGAGAAGUAUAGGAUCCAGGAACUAGAAGAGCAGAUUAGCACAUUAGAAAAGAAAUGCACGGAUACAGAAUCAGAGUCCAACAAGUACUUUAAUAAGGUGUCGGAACUUUCGUCUGAGCUCGAGGCAUUCCAAUCAAAGGCAUCGAGCAUUGAAAUUGCACUGCAAACAGCCAAUGAAAAGGAGAUAGAGCUGACAGAGUGCCUUAAUUCAGUGACCAAUGAAAAGAAAAUCUUAGAAGAUGUAUCAAACAGUUCCAGUGAGAAGCUGGCUGAAGCUGAGAAUCUUAUAGAAGUCUUGCGCAAUGAGUUAAAUGUGAUGCAAGAGAAGUUGGAGGCCAUCGAAAAUGAUCUACAGGCUGUUGGAUUGAGAGAAAGCGAUAUAAUGUUGAAGCUCAAGUCUGCUGAAGAGCAACUAGAGCAACAAGAGAAGUUAUUAGAGGAAGCUACUGCAAGAAAGUCAGAGCUUGAAACAUUGCAUGAAUCCCUUGCUAGGGAUUCAGAGCUCAAACUUCAAGAGGCUAUAGCAAACUUCACCAACAAGGAUUCUGAGGCAAAAAUCCUGGUUGACAAAUUGAAGGAUCUUGAAGACCAAGUGAAGUCAUAUGAAGAGCAGGUAGCCAAAGCAACUGGAGAGUCUGCAUCUUUGAAGGAAGAACUGGAUCUGUGUUUGCUAAAAGUGGCUUCUUUAGAAACCUCAAAUCAAGAACUCAAAAUGCAGAUAUUGGAAGCAGAAAAUAAGGUUUCUAACUCUCUAUCAGAAAACGAACUCUUGGUCGAGACAAACAGUCAGCUCAAGAGCAAGGUGGAUGAACUUCAACAGCAACUAGAGCAAGAAGAAAAGUUAUUAGAGGAAGCUACUGCAAGAAAGUCAGAGCUUGAAACUUUACAUGAAUCCCUUGCUAGGGAUUCAGAACUGAAACUUCAAGAAGCUAUAGCAAACUUCACCAACAAGGAUUUUGAGGCAAAAUUCCUGGUUGACAAACUGAAGGAUCUUGAAGACCAAGUUAAGUCAUAUGAAGAGCAGGUAGCCGAAGCAACUGGAAAGUCUGCAUCUUUGAAGGAAGAACUGGAUUUAUGUUUGGUAAAGGUCGCUUCUUUGGAAACCUCAAAUGAAGAACUCGAAAAGCAGAUACUGGAAGCAGAAAGUAAGGCUUCUAACUCUCUAUCAGAAAUCAAACUCUUGGUUGAGACAAACAGUCAGCUUAAGAGUAAGGUGGAUGAACUUCAGGAAUUGCUGAAUGCUGCAGUUUCUGAGAAGGAUGCCUCAGCUCAACAACUUGCUUCUCACAUGAGCACUAUCACCGAAAUAUCAGAUAAGCACUCGAGGGCUUUAGAACUUCAUUCUGCAACUGAGACUCGGAUGAUACAAGCAGAAACAGAGUUACAAGAGAUCAUCCAAAAGUUGACUCAGAAAGACUCUGAAACAAAGGAUUUGAACGAGAAGCUAAAUGCACAUGAAGUCCAAAUAAAAUUCUACGAAGAACAGGCUCAAGGAGCGUCUGCAAUUGCUGAAACCCGAAAACUUGAGCUGGAAGAGACUCAUCUGAAAUUGAAACAUUUGGAAAGUAUUGUUGAGGAACUGCAAACCAAGUUAAGCCACUUUGAGAAAGAGAGCGGGGGACUGGCUGAGAUAAAUUUGAAGCUCACCCAGGAACUGGCCUCCUAUGAGUCCAAACUGGGUGAUUUAGAAGCAAAACUGACUACCGCCCAUUCUGAGAAGGUUGAAACGGUAGAACAGCUUCACACUUCAAAGAAAGGAAUAGAAGAUCUAACGCAGCAGCUUACUGAUGAAAGAAACAGACUACAAACUCAGAUAUCAUCUAUUAUGGAAGAGAACAACCUGCUUAAUGACACAUAUCAAAAUGCAAAGAAGGAACUUGAAUCUGUGAUUGUCCAGCUUGAAGAGCAACUGAAAGAGCAGAAGGCAAAUGAAAAUGCCCUAAAAUCUGAGAUUGAAAAUAUCAAGGCUGAUAUGGCUGAGAAAUCUGCAUUGCAAAUCCAUCUCAAGGAACUUGAAGAAAAAUUGGCAACAGCUGAAGCUCAAUUGAAAGAAGAGAAAGAAGCAAAUUCUCAGAAGAACUUAGAAAAAGAAGCAGCUCUGAAGAAAUCCCUUGAAGACCUUGAAACUAAGAAAAAGGAGAUCACUCUUCUAGAUAACCAAGUCAAGGAGCUUGAACAGAAAUUGCAACUGGCUGAUGCAAAAUUGUUGGAAAAGGGUAAUGAGGGCAAUGUGUCUGAACAUAAGGAUGGAACAGAGAUCAAAUCCAGAGACAUUGGAACAACCUUUUCCACUCCAACAAAAAGGAAGAGUAAGAAAAAGUUAGAGGCUGCAUCUGCUCAAACCUCAUCCACUUCUGAGACACAUGCUCAUACUGCCGAGGUUUCUCCUUCCAUGCACUUUAAGGUUAUUUUGGGAGUGGCAAUUGUGUCUAUCAUCCUUGGCAUCAUUUUGGGAAAGCAGUAUUAGUUUUGCUGCUCUUUAUUUUGGCUUGCUAAAUAUUUUUUUUUCUUUCUUCUCUAUAUCUUUAUUUUUUUUUUUCACAUUCUUCUCUUUUAUUUUUCUUUUUAAAAUUUUUGACUUUGUGCAAGCUUAUGCUCAGUAGUUUGAAAGUUUUGUUUGUAUACUUAUUAGAUUAGGUAUUAGAUAUUGGUCAGGGAGUUUGUUUUUCAGUAUUUUCCCUUACCUGAAUGCACAUCUAAGAAUGUUUUAUUCAUGUAAUAUUCAAGUUUAUGCCUAGUUUGUUAUGGAAAAUGUUUGUUUUUUUUC